AUGGUCCUCGAAUCCAUCCGCUAUACGCGCGGCUCCCUCAGCAUCCUCGACCAACUGCUGCUCCCCCACCAAACCCACUACGACCCCAUCUACUCGUCGACCGACGCCUGGCAUGCGAUCCGCAGCAUGCGCACGCGCGGCGCGCCAGCCAUCGCCAUCGUCGCCGCCCUAGGCCUCGCCGUCGAGCUGACCAACAUGAAGAUCUCGCCCAUCGCCGAGGAGGUCGCCAUCUUCAUCCUCGAGAAAUUGGACUACUUGGUGACGAGCCGGCCCACGGCGGUGAAUCUGGCGGAUGCGGCGCGGAAGCUGACGAGGAGGGUUGUCGACGAGAAGGCGAGGGAGGGGGCGACGGGGGAGAGUGUGAGGGACGUGUAUGUGACGGCGGCGGAGAAGAUGUUGGUGGAUGACGUGAGGGAUAAUGAGGCGAUUGGGGAUCAUGGGGCGAAGUGGAUAGUCGAGAAGACGGAGGCUGGCGCGAGGGGUCAAGUGAGCGUGUUGACGCAUUGUAAUACUGGGUCUCUUGCUACGGCUGGAUAUGGCACUGCCCUGGGUGUCAUACGGUCGCUACAUAAGAAGGGUGCGCUGAAGCAUGCUUUCUGCUCCGAGACGCGGCCGUAUAACCAAGGCUCGAGACUGACGGCUUAUGAACUGGUGCACGACGAGAUACCGGCCACCCUGAUCACAGACUCGAUGGCAGCGGCACUCCUGCGCCAAAAAGGGCGCGAGAUGAACAUCGCAGCCAUUGUAGUAGGCGCCGACAGAGUUGCCGCGAACGGCGACACGGCCAACAAGAUUGGCACCUAUUCUCUGGCUAUAUUAGCCAGGCAUCACGGAGUCAAGUUCCUGGUAGCAGCGCCACGGACGACCAUUGACCUGAACACGGAGAGUGGAGAGAAGAUCGUCAUUGAAGAGCGGCCUGGAAAGGAAGUAACGCUUGUCAAGGGGCCGCGCUUCGAUGGGGUGUCGCUGGAUUUGAACGUGGUCGAGACUAUAAGCAUUGCUGCGAGCGGCAUCGAUGUGUGGAAUCCCGCUUUCGAUGUGACUCCGGCGGCACUCAUUGAUGGAAUCAUCACUGAAGUCGGGGUGGUGGAGAAGGAUGCUCAUGGUGUGUUCCAUCUGGAUGAGAUUUUCAAGAUUGAGGGCGAUGAGCUUAAGCCAUCGACCAUUGGAGGUAUAUGA